CAAGAGCCGGGAGAGCGCUGGCAGUUCCGCGGUGGGGAUGCUGAGGAGCGCCGGCUUCGCGAGCAGUGCUGGCUACUGCGGACUUCCGAGGCACUCCCGGCCGUGAAAACCCCUGCGCCGCGACCAACCCCAGGCCUCCGAGGCCGGUCAUAGUGCCCCAAGCUGGGCUGGAAGGAGUGUCCAACGAGGUAGCGCCGGUUCUCCGCAUCCCGACAGACACCCAGGGCUUCUCGAGCUUUCCCCCAGCAGCGGCGACCCCUAGUCCCGGCCUCCGGCGCGCGCCCGCCUCAGACCCCCUCCGGUGCCCCGGGCGCUGACGAGCCGCGGCUGGGUCCUGGCGCACACCAUGAUCGUUGCGGACUCCGAGGGCGGUGCGGAGAUCAAGAGCUACCUGCCGUUCGCCAGGGGCGGCGUUGACGGCCCCGGGACCGGAGAGGAGCAUCGAGAAGGCCCGGCUCGGCGAGGCCCUCGGGGGCCCAGUGCCUUCAUCCCAGUGGAGGAGCAGAUCUUUCGGGAAGGAGCUGAGAGCCUGGAGCAGCACCUGGGGCUUGAGGCGAUGAUGUCUUCGGGGCGGGUGGACAACCUGGCGGUGGUGAUGGGGCUGCACCCCGACUACCUUAGCAGCUUUUGGCGCCUGCACUACCAGCUGCUGCACACGGAUGGACCCCUGGCCAGCUCCUGGCGCCACUAUAUUGCCAUCAUGGCUGCUGCCCGCCACCAGUGUUCUUACCUGGUGGGUACCCACAUGACAGAGUUCCUGCAGACUGGAGGUGACCCUGAGUGGCUGCUGGGCCUCGACCGGGCCCCUGAAAAACUUCGAAAACUCAGCGAGAUCAACAAGUUACUGGCACAUCGGCCUUGGCUCAUCACCAAGGACCAUAUCCAGGCCUUACUGAAGACUGGAGAGCACAGCUGGUCCCUGGCUGAACUCAUCCAAGCGCUGGUCCUGUUUACCCACUGCCACUCUCUGGCGUCCUUCGUGUUUGGCUGUGGAAUUCUUCCUGAAGGAGACGCAGAGGGCAGCCCUGCCUCACAGGCACCCUCACCUCCCAGUGAACAAGGCAGCCCCCCAAAUGGGGACCCAUUGAACAACACUGGGGGUUUUGAAGCCGCCCGCGAUGUAGAAGCUCUGAUGGAACGCAUGAGGCAGCUGCAGGAGAGCCUGCUGCGGGACGAGGGGGCUUCCCAGGAGGAAAUGGAGAACCGUUUUGAGCUGGAGAAGUCAGAAAGCCUGCUGGUGACCCCCUCAGCGGACAUCCUGGAGCCCUCUCCACACCCGGACAUUCUGUGCUUUGUGGAAGACCCUGCUUUUGGAUAUGAAGACUUCACUCGCCGAGGGACUCAGGCGCCCCCAACCUUCCGGGCCCAGGACUAUACCUGGGAAGACCACGGCUACUCACUGAUCCAGCGGCUCUACCCUGAGGGAGGGCAGCUGCUGGACGAGAAGUUUCAGGUCGCCUACAGCCUCACCUAUAACACUAUUGCCAUGCACAGUGGCGUGGACACCUCCAUGCUCCGCAGGGCCAUCUGGAACUACAUCCACUGCGUCUUUGGCAUCCGAUACGAUGACUAUGAUUAUGGGGAGGUAAACCAGCUCCUGGAAAGGAACCUCAAAAUAUAUAUCAAGACCGUGGCCUGCUACCCAGAGAAGACAACGCGCAGAAUGUACAAUCUCUUCUGGAGGCACUUCCGCCACUCAGAGAAGGUUCACGUGAACUUGCUGCUCCUCGAGGCCCGCAUGCAAGCGGCCCUGCUCUACGCCCUCCGUGCCAUCACCCGCCAUAUGACCUGACUCCCACCCAGUACACGGGACCAGCACCCGGAGCGGCUGACCCUGGGGCACUGUCCUCUCUGCAAGGAUUUCUCUAUCUGGAGACAGAUCCAGGACACUUUUUGUGUGGUGUCCAUCCACCGAAUGUUGGGGGUAGACGUGUGU